AUGUUUGGAGUUCUUGGCAAUAAGAUAGAGAACUAUGAAGUGUAUGAGAUCCUCGGUAAAGGAGGGUUUGGGUGCGUUUAUCGUGCAAGAUGUAUAAUUUCUGGGGAAAUAGUUGCUAUCAAAAUGAUUUCCAAGCAAGCAAUGCACUCCUCCGGAAUGACCAAUCGUGUUCGACAAGAAGUAGCCAUACAUUCUAAACUGAAGCACCCAUCUAUAUUAGAGUUGUAUACAUUUUUCGAAGAUUAUGAUUACGUGUACUUGGUACUGGAACUGGCAGAAAAUGGUGAAUUACAACAUUAUUUACGCAAAAGAAUGGCCCCUUUCAGCGAGCAUGAAGCUUCGUUAAUAUUACGAAAAAUAGUUGAUGGAUUGUUGUACUUGCAUUCACAUAAAAUCCUUCAUCGUGAUAUAUCGUUAUCAAAUCUAUUGCUGACUAAGGACAUGAGUAUCAAAAUUGCUGAUUUUGGUCUCGCUACCGAAUUAGAUCGAGCAGAUGAUAAGCAGUACACCCUUUGUGGAACUCCUAACUAUAUUUCUCCCGAGGUAGCAUCGCGUGUUCCGCACGGUUUACCAGCGGAUGUAUGGGGCUUAGGAUGCAUUUUGUACACUCUCUUGGCUGGAAAGUCACCAUUCGAUACGAACGAAGUGAAAUCUACUCUAGAAAGAGUGGUUAUGUCCAAAUUUAUUAUGCCAACUAACCUUUCACCAGAUGCCUGCAACCUUAUUGAAAGGUUACUAAAGAAAAAUCCCAGUGAACGAAUUAAACUUGAGGAAGUGCUUGGACAUCCAUUUCUUUCUCGAUAUGAGCACGGAUCAAAUAUCAAUCCCUCCAGCGUUAGUAGAAAAAAGUUCUCCGGGGUCGAUAGCGCAUUGGGGACCAUCUCCAGUGGAGGCUUUCCUAAUUUUUUAAAUGUUCAAUCACAAUUGACGACAGAAAACAUGAGAUACAUUAACCAGACAGAAGAACAACUCAUUAAUAGACAGUAUGCAUUUGGUCAACAAGUUCGGGAAAAAGCUCACCAGUACAAAGCCGAAAGUGGAAUAUUUGGAUCAACCAAAUCGGAUGCGGAAUCACGUAUAUCAUUCUUGGAUAAAUUCAACAGUAUCGAAUUAAUGGAGAAAUAUAACAUUACUAAAGAAUAUCGAAAUGGACAAGUCACUCACGCAUCAACGCAGUUACAGCCAUCAACUCCGUCAACCGAUUUUUAUACGUUACGCAGUAAAAGCAAAGAGUUAGCCGUACUCAAUAGCAAUGCUACACACGAUAUUUUGCCAAAUCGUCAGCAGUUUUCAGCAACACAAACAGUUUCUGAAUUACAAAACAUACACAUGAACAGCGAACAUACGAAGGGUGAUGCAAGCCAUACUAAGAACGGGAGCAAAAACCAAGUAGGAAAGCAUAUUCAACUACCAAGCAGAUUGGAUACUCUGCGCUUAUUGCCCACUAGACACCGUACGAAACAUGUUAUCCUGACUAUUACAUCCGAAGGCAGUGAGGUUGUGUUGGAAUUUCUAAAAACAAAAGGUCGACUACAGGAAGAUCGUGUUGUGGAAGUGUGCCGUAUAUCAGGUGACGGAAUAAGAUUUAUGCUAUAUCAGCCAGCGGGCAGCCGCGGGGUACCCAUAAAAGACGAACCUCCAGAUUUACCGACAAGAGGCGUUGAUGCAAUAUAUAACUACGAGGAUAUUCCAGAAAAGCAUUGGAAAAAGUACGUCUAUGCCGCUAGAUUCGUGCAGAUGGUGAAGGCAAAAACUCCAAAAAUUACAUUGUACAGCGAAAAAGCCAAGUGUCAAUUAAUGGAAACCAUGAAAGAUUAUGAAGUAGUUUUCUAUGAUGGUAGCAAAAUGGUGCAGUCCUCAAUGGAUAAUGAGAUGAAGAUGUUCGAUAUAAAUGGAAAAGUGUAUCGUGGAAAAGCAACAAUAUCAACUGAAAGCGUAAUUAAACUCGAACAUUUCCAACAGACAUAUGAACAUUGCUGCAUGAUCGACAAAAUGCUUUCUACCGUUGGUCACAGUGGCACAACGUUUCCGAUUAUUAUCGGGAGACGACCGACAACUUCUACCACUGGUACUCCAGUAGCAAAAGGAAUUUUUAACUAUCGCUUCAACUCGUUUAAUGUACAUACAUGAUUAAAAUGAUUUAUUUUAUUAUGAGUUGCAGUAACCGGUUUUACGUCUAUUUUAAUCGUCUACAAAUUAUCAAAAUGCAUUGACUGCUUAUUAAAUGAAUGGGAUUGAUAACAAAUUGAAACAAACUGUCACUACCAUACAGUAUAAUUAAGUUUUUACGAACAGUGUUCUUGCAUUAUACUGACAUGGAUUAUUGCAAUAUGUUUU